ACUGACUGACCAAGAAUCGGAAGUGUCGAUAUUUUGAUUUGAGAGUUACCCUGGUAUCAUCAGUAUCGACAUUUCAGUAUCGAUCCGCACAUCACUAGACUGUACACGCUAUAACUUGCGUCCUGCUCCAUACACUCAGCAGACACGCUUCAUGUUACCGGCAGCAGCCCUCACACGGGCCCGGGCCCAAGUGCCUAUCAGGCGGAUAUUCUCGAGCCUACGACCGCGGCCAGCAGCAGCUAACCAAGUCCACACGCAGGUUGACUUAGGCGGUGAUGACGCAGCAACACGGUCCGGUGGUUCGGGACAGGCCAGUGAGGGAACCUUCGUGGACUUUGACCAUCCCAGAGAGGCUUAUAGGAGUAAGGAUUCAUUGGAGAUACUCAGGAGUUUGGUGGUUCUGAAGAUGUGCUCCUACGACUUCCUGGUUGAUAAGAACCAAGAGGUAAUGGAUUUUGGGAAGAAGGUGCUGGGUCAGAAAGCCUUUGAUCAGCUGAUGAAAAUGACAUUUUACGGCCAGUUCGUAGCCGGCGAGGACCACAAAGCCAUCAGGCCACUGAUCCAGAAGAACCUUGCUUUUGGUGUGGGGUCUGUGCUGGACUACAGUGUGGAGGAGGACAUCAGCAUCAGCCAGGGAGAGGCUCAGCAGAAAACAAUGCGCUCAAGUGCAUCUGGUCAACAGAGAGGGGGAAAAGUUUUGUUGUCAUCAUCAGGUAACGACUGCAAUGAGGAAUUCGGUGGAUCCAAUACGUAUUUCUAUGCAGAUGAGAGCAAAUGCGACCAACAUAUGGAAACGUUCAUUAAAUGUAUCCAAGCAUCUGGUGGCAGUUCAAUAGACGGCUUCUCCGCCAUCAAAAUGACCGCUCUGGGACGACCACAGUUGCUGCUCCAGUACUCUGAGAUCUUGGUGAAAUGGCGACGUUUUUUUAGCUUCCUGGCAUCCAAGCAAGGUCAAGAUGGUGUUGACAUCUUGGAGCAGAAGCUAGACCUGAGACAGUUGCAGGAAUUUUUAAACCGACUGGGUGAAAAAGACUAUUACAGUGUGUUUGCUGAAAGGAGAAAGGAACCUUCAGGAACUAUUGACCUCAUCGACUGGAACAGCCUCUUAGAUGAUAGAACAAACCUUUCAGAAAUCCUUGUUGUCCCAAAUGUUAAGCUUGGUGAGCUGGAGCCUCUGCUGAAAGAUUUCAGUGCAGAGGAGGAGGGACAAAUGAAGAGGAUAUUGCAGCGUAUGGACGUUUUAGCAAAGCAUGCCUUAGAGAAUGGCGUUCGCUUAAUGGUGGAUGCAGAGCAGACCUACAUGCAGCCGGCCAUCAGCAGACUGACUCUCGAGAUGCAGAGAAUUUAUAAUAAAGACAAGCCGGUCAUCUUCAAUACAUACCAAUGCUACCUAAAGGAGGCUUAUGAUAACGUAACUUUAGAUGUUGAAGUAUCUCGGCGUGAGGGCUGGCACUUUGCUGCCAAAUUGGUACGGGGUGCCUACAUGCAUCAGGAGCGGCAAAGGGCCUUAGAGUUUGGUUACGAGGACCCCAUUAACCCUGACUAUGCGUCUACCAACACAAUGUACCACAGAUGUUUAGAUUCCGUGCUGGAUGAGAUUGCGCUUCACCGCAAUGCCAAUGUUAUGGUUGCAACGCAUAAUGAGAACACAGUGAAACACACAUUGAUGAGAAUGAACGAGCUGGCUCUACUGCCCAGAGAGAACAAAAUUUUCUUUGGCCAACUACUGGGCAUGUGUGACCAGAUCAGCUUCCCACUGGGUCAAGCCGGCUUUCCUGUCUACAAGUACGUCCCUUAUGGCCCAGUGAACGAGGUGAUGCCCUACCUAACUCGGAGAGCCCAGGAGAACCGAGGCUUUAUGAAGGGCGCCCAAAAGGAGAGGGAGCUGUUGUGGAAGGAGCUGAAACGUAGAAUCGCCUCCCGAGAGCUUCUCUAUAGGCCGCUAUAUUGAAAGCACAGAGGAGCAGAUAAUGUCAAGGGUGUACCCAGCCUCUCACCCAUCUACAGCUAGGAUAGGCUCUAGCAUACUGAGGAUAAGCAGCCAAGAUGGAUGGAUUAUUACUUGUAAAAAUGUCUCAUGCAGUUACAUUUAAGGGUUUUAAGACCAAUAAAUGUAAAUGAAAAGAACUUAUCAUGUGAACGGUUAUUUUUAUUUAAUCCGGUGAAAUGUUCCAACUUGGAAUUGACACACAAUCAGCAUUUGACGACUGCACAGCUUCAAGAUAAUGAUAGCCUUUGAUUUGGCCCAUCCGCACUCUGCAUAAUAUAAUUUAAUUACAGUCAACGCUUCAUUCGAUGCACAUCACAGAAGACCAAUGAAUUAAUCAUCGCUCAGAAGAAACUUGUGUAGAUGUUUUUUGUUUUUUUUGUAGAGAAGCACCACAGAGCUGCCAGUCCCUCUAUAUUCUAUUUGUUUAAUUAAAGAUCAUGUUCUUUUUGAUGCAAGACGUGCCUUUAGGCAAUCAUUUGCCAAUAAUUCCUUCUUACAAAGAGCUGCACUUUUUAGUUGUGAAGAUAAUUUAGUGCAAAAAAUGCCACAAGUCAGUAAAGUCAGUCAAAAAACAGCAUGGGCUCAACACAUUCUCCUUGCAUUUAAAGCACACAAGUCAGUCGUGGAAGCAGCCAGAGCUAAUUUGCUUUCCAUAAUGAAUGUUGACUUUGUUGUACACGAGAAGUGCAAAAGACUCAUUUAGCAGAUUUCUCUGGGCCUUAUAGCUACACUACUGGUUCUCUGUGGUUGUGUUUAUUAAAUUGUUUGUUUGCUUGCCCUUGGCAUUGUGUUUUCCCUGGGCGCCCAAAGCAGUCUGGUGCCUUUAAAAAAAAAAAAAAAAAUCACAAGUACCAACUACAUCUGCCGAGCCUAGUGUGAAAUGGACUGAACAAUUGGAAAGACAGAAGCAAAUUUGGAUGGAUUUCCCACUCCAUUGUUCAGAUUCCAGCAGCCACACUCAAUUGGCAGCCAAACUGGCAGACCCCCUACAAAAUACUGUAUAUUUAUUAUUAAUACUUAGUAUUAGUCAUACUGACCUCACACUAUAAAACACAUGCUACAGGAAAAUUCUACAAAUGAAAAGUGCGACUUCACGGAACAAAAAGAAAGUUAGCCAGACGAAGACCGAAGAGCCUCCAUCACAUGACGCUUGGCACACACCUAAGUUCCACUUUUAAUAUCAUAAUUAGGAAUUUCUUAUCUCAUAAUUUCCUCAUUUUAUGACCAUAGUAGGGACACUUACUACUGUUGUAAAAUAAUGAAAAGACAAGCUUCAAUGAAGUCACGCAACACAUGAGGCAAUCUGUAUUUUAAAUGUGUUAUUGCAAGUAAGCUGUGAUGAGCAGCGCACAGGUAGUGUUUACACCACCCUUACACUGUAAGGAUAAAAAUAAAUGAAAAAGUUCCACCUCUCCUCAACACCCCAUCAUUUUCCGUGCCAAUGAGGAGCGCCCAUCUAUUAUAGAUCGUUAAGCUACUUUCAUCUCCUGUUUUUGAGAUGCAUGCUGUUUUCCCUUUGAAAGCAGAAUAGGCAUGGCUCAGCACAAAUUAGCCAUGAUUGGAUAUAAGAACAACAGUGUGUGUGUAUUGUAUAGGAAGGUGUUGUAAAAUGUGUGGAAAAGAAGCAAGAAUUGCUCCAGUCAAAAAUCCUCACACCCAAUGCGAUGAAAACCCACAUCAAAACAAGUGCAUUUGGAUGUUGCAUAAUGAAGUCUGAUGCACUUAUUCAACCAUUCAGUUAAAUGUACAGUCAAGACCAAGGAUAUUGGCAUGCUAAAGAUGCCCGUGUUUUUGGCCAUGUCUUUAUGGACUAAAACCAUUCAUUCAUUUUCCACCGCUUAUCCUCACGAGUGUCGCGGGGCGUGCUGGAGCUUA